CAUACCCGACUCCCACAGUGCCCCAAUGCCAGCCCCUCCUUGGUCUUCUCCUCCUUUCAGGAACUGAAUUCAAAUCCCACUGGGAGCCCUGACACCCCUGGGGAAAGGGAGGGGUGGAAAAAUCCCACCAGUGUCCUGAGGGGAGGAGCAAAAGGCUACCAGGAUGUGAGAUGUCUGUGGGCAAGGUGCCCGCUUAGUUCGUGAGGGGCCAUGGGAGCUGGACUGUGGCUGUAUGCCCCUUCCCCCAGCAACUCCAUCUCUGCAUGAAGCCGAAGCUUCAAAACCCUGACAAAGUGUUUCCAACCCCCUCAAGACAUUCAUGGAUGGGUGAGAGGAGCUGACACUGACCUCCCACUCUGUGACCAUCUUCUCUUCUGCCAUGGAGGAAGGCUUGCUGCCCCUGGCCAUGACCUCUGACCCCAGGUCCUUUAAUCAACAACUCCCAGAGCCUCCAGACCCAAGAUGUGUCUUGGAACCCCAGGACAAUCCUGAGUUGGCACCUGCCCUGGUGUGUGCUCUUUGCUGCUGCUUUGGAAUCAUCUACUGCUGCUUCGGCUACCGCUGCUUCAAGGCAGUGAUGUUUCUCUCGGGCCUGCUGUCAGGAGCUCUGGUGAUCUUCCUGCUGUGCCACAAGGAACGAGUGCUAGAGACACAGCUGAGCCUGGAGGUGAGCGCGGGCAUUGCGCUAGGCAUCGGACUCCUCUGCGGCCUGGUCACCAUGCUGGUUCGCAGUGUUGGGCUCUUCCUGACUGGUCUCCUGCUAGGCCUAACCCUGGGUGCCGGGGUCCUUCUAGGCACUGAGCCCAUCUACCAGCCACCUUCAGCCUGGGUGCCGGCCGGGGGGCUGGUGGGGCUGGCAUUGCUGGGAGCCCUGCUCACGCUUCGAUGGCCACGUCCAUUCACAGUUCUGGGCACAGCCCUGCUGGGUGCUGCAGUGCUGGUGGCCUGUGCUGACUACUUCCUGGAGGGGCUGGCACUGGGCCGUCGGCUAGGCCAACGCUUGCAGGCACUUCCAGCCUUGCCUCCUCUCUGCUGGUAUAGCUGGGUCUUGCUGGGGACCUGGCCAGCCCUCGGGGCCCUUGGGGCCCUGGCCCAGUGGAAGCUCAUGGAUGAGGAACAUGGAGCCCACGCCAAUGCAGUGGUCUUGAGCCACCAGCGAAGGCAUCUCCAACUCCUUCGGAUCCGUCAACAAGAGGCCAAGUGGCACCGAACCUCCCCUGGGGUGGGGCUCUGUGAGGGCAGCUACCGGCGCCAGCUCCCCCACAAUGCCCGGAGCCCUGCUGACAGUCUGGCUCCAAGUUAUCUCCAGAGCCUUCGAGAGCGCCAACUAGGACCAGGCACCCAGGCAACAGCCCCCUACACUGUCCUGGACCUGGAUUCUGACUGUGGUUCCACUGUACCCCUCACCACACCUUCUGGUUCCACCCAGACCUGAGCCUAAACCUCCACUGAUGCCCCCACCCCUAGCAAGGGCCUGGGAAUACUAGGUGGGCAGGGCCUGAGCCCACAGGACCCACACACAAACUUCCCCACCUCUUGGAUCGGGGUUAGAAUCUGUGCUCUAACCCAGACCAGCCCUGUAGGGAUAUGUUUCAGGGACAGACAGAGAGGAAUCCUGUGGGGAAAGGAGAAGAAUGGAAGUAUGAAUACCUACCUCUGGCCAAUAACAGAGGUGCCCUGGUCCCAAAGUAGCACUCUCUCUAAUUUCCUCCAAACCUAGGAGGCCCUUACCCAAAUAGCUUUUUAUAUGCCCACCUCAGUGUGCCUCAUAAUGGUAAAAUAAGGGGUUUUGUUUUUUGUAGGACCUAUAGAAAAUCGGGAAGCCUCCUAAAGCACUUAAUAGCUUUUUUGGGGGGAGAAGGGCACAGAGGAGCGCCAGGACCCUUUUAAUCCCCAGGCCCCUCAUUAGGGGGUAGUUGGGUUCCUGGCCAGCCUUUCGCCCGGACCUUAUAGGCCCAAGGCCCCUUCUUCUACCUCAGUUGGGGGUCCUGUCCUCCAUGGUGCUUCUCUUUCCUUAACAUGAAGAAGACCAUGGGGCAGUGCCUGGCUCAGCACCCGCCUCCCCCAAAAACUGGCUUCUUCCUCCAAGGAGAGAGCAUUGACCUGCAUGCCAGAGUCUAGCCCUUUUGCCCAAAGGAGCCUGGUCUUUGGGGCUGUGUGAGAGACAAGUGCCUUCUCUGCUUCGCAUUGGGAGUGAUACAUAUCUCCUCCUCAACCAGAACUUUGCCCCAGCCACUAACCAUUCUAACUCUCCCCACUCUGAUUCUCCUGCCCAAAGUCUGUUCCCUGAUUCCCUAGACAGCAGGAAAGAAGCUCUAUCCCUCCUCUGGGCAGCAAGGCUAUGAUGGGAGGGAGGAAGAAUGUGGGAGCAUGUGAAUAAAAUGGCGUUGAACACUGAA